AUGGCUGGCAGAGGCUUAUACGCACUCAGUCACUUUUCGAAAUACAACGUCAAACUCAGCGCCAGCUCGCCGCUGCAACCGGAAUACCAAGAAGUACAUGCAAGCGCCACCUUGCCGAACACUACACCGGGCUUCUUCCCUACACUUACGGAUAACCACAAGAUCAAGCGUCUUCAAUGGGUGUUAUGUCAUGUUGACUUGCCGCUAGAUUAA